UGAUUUUACUCGAAGUUAACAAGUCCCAAACUGCGCACGCAAUUUCGUAGCAUCCGGUGUCGAUUAGUUACGGGCAGUUAGCUUCCCUGAAAAGGAUAAUUUGUGUGACAUUUUUAAUGGCAUAUGAAAUUGAGUUUUUUUGGAGUGAUUCAACGAAAUGCGUGGUAGAUAGUGAAAUAAGGGAUGAGACUCGAUAAUACGGAUAUACAAUGCAUCAAUUGUAGAUGUUCCCAUGAUCAAGAUCGAACUGGAAGAUAAAGUGUAAUUCAAACCCGCGAAUCAAUUAGCGACUGAAUGCUACCAACUUGAAGGAACAUGUUUUCAUAGUUUUUGGAGUCAACUACCUGCAUCAUCAACAUAGCCUUUAAUGACCCCGUGCUAAGUGUGCCAAAAAAAAAAGUGAACGUUAUUAAUUUUUGCAACCGCACAUCGAAAAACGUGAGCAUCGCCCGAAGCAAAGCAGAGAAGCAGUGAGCAUAGGAGUAACCUAUUGGGCCUACAUAGAGAAGCCCUAGAUGUUCCACACGGCAGGUGCUGAAUUAUGAUCGUCUGUUACAUAUUCGGGCAGCAAUUGAUUUUGCGAACAGUUAGAUAACCCACGCACGAAAAAUUGUGCGAAAUAGUCACUCGGACAAUGAGAGGUGGAUUCGAAAUGACCCACAAGACCGACGAUACGUUCAUGAUUGUCAGCAUCUGCCUGGCCUCCGGGCUACUCAUCUUUGCGUUCGUUUACUUCGUAAGGAAAUUCUUCCAAGGAGGUCAGUUCAAAAACAAAGACAUCCGACUGGACGCAAAAGUAGUCAUCAUAACCGGUGCGAACUCCGGAAUAGGGAAAGAGACUGCAAUAGAAUGUGCCAAACGGGGAGCCCGAGUCUACAUGGGCUGCCGGGAUGCCAACCGGAUGGAGAAAGCCCGCCAGGAAAUCCUGGACAAAUCUGGCAGCCAAAAUGUGUUCGGCCUGGAACUGGACCUGGCUUCGUUUGAUUCCAUUAGGAAUUUCGUGCGAACAUUUCUGAGCAUGGAGCGACGGUUGCACGUGCUCAUCAACAAUGCCGGUGUGAUGGCUUGUCCGAAAGAGUUCACCAAGGAGGGCUUCGAAAUGCACUUUGGAGUCAACCAUUUGGGGCACUUUUUGCUGACGAAUUUGCUGCUGGACAUACUGAAGCGGACGGCUCCCAGCAGGAUUGUGACGGUGUCCAGCUUGGGCCACAAGUGGGGUCGAAUCAACAAGGACGACAUCAACAGCGAGAAGGACUACCGAGAGUGGGGAGCGUACAUGCAGAGCAAGUUGUGCAACAUUCUGUUUUCCCGGCAUCUGGCAAAGAGACUACGGGGAACUGGAGUGCACACCUAUUGCCUACAUCCAGGGACGAUCAAUACGGAACUGACGAGGUAUCAGAAUCGGUGCAUGAUGAUUGCGGCGAAGCCCCUGCUGUGGGUGUUCUUCAAAUCGCCCAAGUCGGGUGCCCAGACCUCGCUGUACUGUGCAAUGGAGCCGACGAUUGCCGGAGACACCGGGAAGUAUUACAGCGAUUGUAAGCUCAAGGAACCGGAGCCCCACGCAAAGGAUGAUGCAAUGGCCGAGUGGUUGUGGAACAUCAGUGAGAAGCUGACCGGAAUGAUUCGAUAGGAAGUUUCAACUGUCGAUGCGUAAUGUUUCAUAUUACAAGUCAUCACCGUCGGUUUCAUGAAAUUGAUCUUGGGAAAAGCCUCCGCU